GUUUUAAUUGAUGCGGCUCCAAAACACGAACUCUUGAAAUUGGACAGGCUUCACUAUAAGGCAGCCUUAAUUGUUAGCGGCUGUAUCAAGGGAACAAAUACAAACAAAGUUCUGAAAAUUCUAAACUGGGCUCCACUAUCGGAAAAAAGAAAACAAAAGAAACUGUUAUUAAUGCAUGAUGUUUAUUAUGAAAAUGCCCCUCCAUACAUUUCAAAUAUUUUCAAUUUGUACCGAAACAAGAGGCCAACUCGAGCCCUAAGAAAAACGCCCCAUUUUAUUGUACCCGCGAAACAAUCUGAAAAAACUAGACGCGGUACUGUAGUUUCUUCUAUAUCUGAAUGGGAGAGGGACACAUUACCUGAUCAACUCAAAACCAUUCCAAUAAAGCGCACUUUUAAAUACCAUCUUAAAAAACAUUUAUUUCCGAAGAAGACCCUAAUUGACACAGUCCACUUGAAUUUAGACAGGCAAGCUGAAAUAGUACUUAAUAAAACCAGAUGUGAUUUCAUUUUUCGUUACCAUAAGUUCCAGCAUCAAUUCAAUAAUGUCAAUCCUCAAUGCCUGUGCGGUUUUCGAUCUCAGACAACCCAACACCUAUUCUUUUCUUGCCCCCUUUUACUUGAUCUCAGGGAACAACUAGC